UUAGCCUGCCGAGGAUUCAGUUUUCAUUCUUUAAAAUAAUAUUAUACUUUUAUUAAUUAAAUUCGUUAAUUAAAACGUUUACUCAUGUUUUAAGUUAUUUAAAUAAUGCUAAGAAAAUUUAAUUGUGUUUGUUCAAUUAUUUUUUUUUUAAUUUGCUUUCUUAUAUUUACUUUAAUUAAAAAUUUAUCAUCAGUGGAUUAUAAAACGAGAGGCAAAGAAUUUUUAUCGGAUGUCAGAAAAUCAAAUGGAGAAAUUCACCAGACAAUGGUGAAUCUUGAGGAAGAAAAUCGUAAGAGAAUUUUUCGAGUACAGAAUGUUUGUAAAAUUUAUAAUUUAGGUUGUUAUAAAAAUCAUGACUACCAAACUAAUCAAGUAUUUAAAUAUCCACCUACGCCUCAAUAUUCAGUAUUUUAUAUUGAUCAAAUAAAUAAAAUAUCAUACUGUCCAAUAUACAAAGCUGGCAGUACGACGUGGCUUCACAAUAUGUGUCUACUAAUGAAUGUAUCUGAAUCUGUAUUGACUAAUGAAAAAGAACAAAUAUCUUCGAUUGCCCGAAAAGUAAUACCAGAGCUAGAUUUCCCAGAGGCUGAAAAAGCAAUGCUGGCCACGACAAAACUUCUAAUAGUAAGACAUCCUUUUGAAAGAUUGUUGAGCGCUUAUCGUGAUAAACUUGAGAACUCAAUUGCCGGAAGAGAACAUGGUACUCUUCAUUUUUAUCGAAAAUAUGGCCGUACUAUUGUCAAAAAAUAUCGGGACAAAAAUUUUACUCCACCAACGGAAAAUGAAUUUAUACGUAAAGAAAAUGAACCAAAACCAGCAGGUAUUGAACCAACAUGGAAAGAGUUUGUAAAUUAUCUCAUAGACAUUAAUUUAGAAAAUUACGCCGACGAUCAUUGGAUCCCUUAUUAUCUAUACUGUACCCCUUGUUCUCUUAACUACACAUUCAUUGCUAAAGUGGAAUCGCUAGAUCGAGAUCAAUCAUUCAUAAUAAACAAACUAAUUCUCAACAAUAAAAUCCGACCUAUUCAUCGGCAUCAAGUAUCACUGAAUGAUAAAUCGAAUCCAUCGAAAAUUUAUUUCCGUCAGUUGACACAACAACAAAUAUCACAACUUUACAAUAAGUACAAACUUGACUUUGAAAUGUUUGAUUACUCCGCAGAGAUUUAUUAUUCAUACGCUUCAGACUUUUUCCAAUACAACGACUACUAA